UGCUCCGCUGUCGGAAAAGAAAACAGUUGACAGAUCCGAGGAAUCGAAGCUACCCGAAUCGCAGCAAGGCAGGUCAGAAAAAGCAACCGGUAUCUGGCCCGAGGCCUGAGAAUGUCCUACAGAUAUUUGGGCUGCUGUGCCAUGGAUCUUGCCAUUUGUGCCUGAGCUCGCGACUUGGAUGUGUUGCCUAUCGCAGAAGGUCAAGGCCAAGCAGUGUGCUAACUACAGUCCCAAGCGGAAAUGUGUUAACGGUAAUUGAAUUAUACAGCCUGAACAUUGAAUUUUGAAGAAAUAAUUAUUGCUUCAAUUGAUCAAAUCAAAAUGUUUUCAAUUAAAUUUUUUCCAAACAUGCUUUAUCUUAUUUUGCUACUGCAAUAUAAUAGCUACAUAUUACAAGACUGUGCAGCUGCCGAGACAGGCAGUAUUGCAGAUAAAGCUAUUGUGACUUCAGUUUCCAGUCCUAUUUUGAAACAUUUGCUAAAAACUGAAAUUUUAGAUUCAAAUUCAAGAACAGUAGAAAAUGUUCAUGGAUCAGAAAUGCAUAACAAAGAGCUAGAAAACCUUAUUUAUAAACUUCACAAACAUUUGGAACUUAAACAGGAAGAGAAAGUUUUAAAUGAUAACUUUAAUAUUGAUGUUCUUGAAAUGAAGCGGAAUAGUCAUAAGGAAGGUGUUGAUUUUAAAAGCAUUAAAGCUGAUUUAUCCAAAUUAAUAGCUGCUAAACUUGCAAAUGCUUUUAAAAAGCAGUUGCAAUUCAUGUUUGCUAAAACUUUUCCAAAAUAUAGUAUAAAAUCGAACUCUUCUAAAUUUGAUUCAGAUAUGACAUCUGAAUCAAAUGAUACUCAUUCUAUGAAUGUUCCAAAUAGUUCUGCCAGUAUAUCGGAUGAAAUAUCAAGCAGUGUCUCAAAACCAGAAAUUCCUACCGCAAGACAGUUUGUGUUCCACCCAUACUUACCAUAUGGUAAAGAUGUAGUACCUGAUGAAAAAAUAUCUAUUGAAGAUGUACUUCCGGUUAAAAUGGUUAAAUUUUUCAAAAGCAUGGUAGAAGAUGCCCCAUGGGAACAGAUGUUCAUGAAAAUGGUUCGGAUGAUAGUUGAUCAAUUCGUAGACAAAAUAAUUGAAAAGAUGUUUGCUCACAAAGAGGACCACGAUGAGUGGAGAUCAACUGAUGGUGGUUCGGCAAAACCAACUUGGUCUUUGGCCAAGAAUGUUUUAACUUACGUGGUAAGAUCACGAAGAUCAACUGAAGGAAAAGCAAAAUCAGAUCACGUUCAAGAUUGGAUUGAAAAAGAUCCACCCUCUGCAAAUCGAGUUUCGAAAGAGGAUCGCGCAAAGACGAAAGAACCAACAGAGGAAGAAUCAUGGCUUGAUUCCGUCUUAGAUUACCUAUUUCCAGAUGAUCCAAAAGCUGGUGACUCUGAGAAAGAUGAGAGAAAGAGAAGAGAUACAGAUAAGCCAUUGCAAGAUACCUAUGAUCAGGUAUCUGGAAUAAUGCGUAGCUUCCUUGGCAGGUAUCUGAAAUUUCAACCAGAGCAGCUGGCGCCAGAGAGUAUAAAUGGAGUAUUAAAAGAGUCCAUUCGGCAUAAGAUGUUUGACAUUUUUUCUCAAGACAAUUCUAAGCUAGAAAACUCAAAAUUAUCAAUUGGUGCAAAUUCCUCGAUGUCAAAGAAUAUAGUAUCAGAUACUGCUUUGGAAGAUAAGGUGACAGAAUCACUUAAUGCUCCAGAAAAAUCAUCAGUACGUACAAAGCGAUCUACAGCCGAUGACACAGAUAAAGACAAAGAAGAAGAGGAACGUUUGUGGCAAGCAAAUCGCAGGACUCGACCUUCGCACCGUAAGACGAGAGAGGAUUGUAGCCUAAGGCGGGCUUGCAAUGCCGGAAGGCUUCUUUCUCGGCUACCAUCUGUACAGGACAUCACCAUGCAACUGAAAGCCUAUGGCAAUGAACCGCACUGGGAUGCGCUACUAUGGGGUAUGACCAAAAAAAGAUGCUCUAGAAUCUUCUGCAAGCGCCAGAGGUCCCCUAAAGGUACCAAACAUCACUGGGACGAGCCAGAGAAGCGCUUCCAUAGAAAAGGUACCACAUCCUUUCGAAGUUCCAGGUUAAGAUACGACGAAAGUGACCUCACCACCAUUUUUCCGGUUUAGAAUUGUGGGGAAAAAAAAAAAGGAGCUGAAAGGGUCAGUAAGAACUGUCGACAGCAUCACAAAGGAUUUCACGAACUUCGGUUACAAGUUAUCUGCCGUAAAUGACUGACGUACUCGUAUCCCAGUGGUACCAUUUAGCCGGCUAAUGGCAAAAAAAUGAUCCUUUUUGUGCGGCAUUUCCUUCCUUUUCCGGUUGCAAAAAAAGGUUUCAAACUGGUUUUCGAGAUGGUUUUAUUUUUGGAAUGAAGCAUACGAGACCACAUGUAAAUGCUAAUUAGUGCUGCAUAACCUGACAAUGAACAUCCAGAACUGUAACGCCCUUCUUUCUGGCACAGUGAGAUAGAGACCUGGAAAUGGAAAAGUCUCAUUCUUUUAUACUCACUAAAUAUCUUAUUCAUAGCAUUUACAAAUUUUUGUUGCUUAAGGCUUUUUUAAAUAGAGCAUUAAAAGAACGACCAUGAAAUAUGAUAAAACUAUUUUUAAUUGAAUCCUGGUAUCAUCUUAGGAGAAAAACUAUGUUUCAGGUUGAAAAAUGAUUAACUUGUUUUAAAUUGUUAACUUGUUAAAAAUGAUUAACUAGUCUCCAGAAGACUGCCAUAAGACCAUUGUUUCUUUUAUAAAAAAUAUUUUGAAUUUAAACAAAAAUAUUUAACCAGUUAAGUGCAUUCGACGUAUAUACACGUCAUUCCAAAUUUUCAUUUUGCUGCGGUCGACGCGCAAUUUUUAUCUAAUAGAAAUGAAAUCAUAUUGGGUUUACUCUGAUAUUUUCCGCAAAAUUUAUUAUGCAACCGUUACUACUGCUUUCGAUGUGUAUACACAUCCUUCCUUGAUUUUGAUUACAAACAGCGUGAAGACUUUUAAAAAAUAAAUUCCGCAAUUAACUGGUUAAAGCAAUGUAUAACUUCGCAGGAUUGGUGUGGUAUCAUAAUUUUUUGUGAUUAAAUUUCAGUCGAAUCACUGAUGACAUUAUGAUUGUAAAAUAAUUAAAUUUAUUAAUUUAAUAAAUGAAUAAAUACUGCUUAAUCUAUACUAAUCAGAUUAGGAAUCUUGCCGUUGAGAAAAAUAAAUUCCGCAUUUAACUAGUUAAAGCAAUGCAAAACUUUGCAGGAGUGGUAUGAUAUAUAAUGAUUCUCUUGUGACAAAAUUUCAGACGAAGCACUAAUGACUUAUGGAUGAUAAAUGUUCAAUUAAAUAAAUGAAUACAAAUACUGCUUAAUCUAUACUAAUCAGACUAUGAAUCUGGCUGUUGAGAUUUAAUAUUUAAAAUCUUUUAAGUUGUUAAAGUAAAGAAUGGCGUAUUGCUCUUAUAAUACUCAAUAAGUUCUCUAGCAACUAAAUCAUUUAAGAUUUAUAUACAGAAAAAAGUACUAGGAUUUGUUUAAUAAUAAAUGCAUUAAACCUUUACAAAUAGGUCACAUAUCUAAUAAAAAUACGUUUGUUUAAAGAAAAAUACCUGUUAGAUCAGUAGUGACUAUAUAGAACCAGGAAAGUUAAAUCUUUGUUCAUUUUAAGCUUAUAAAUUUUACUUUAGUAAGGUAGUAAAGGAACAAACUUCUCAUCUGUAUUCCAUAAAUAUGCGCACCAUAAAUUCUCAAAUUCCUUUCCUGUUCCAAAUUAGAUAUUUACUUUCUUAAGUCACUUUCCUUUUGAUACAAAUAAUAUAGAGCAUUAACCUCGGGAACCUUUAGCUUUAUUCAUAUGUAAACACACUUUUACCUUUUAAAUCGAGCCUCCGAGGACAUGGCCUUAUUUUCAGAUAACCAAAGGUCUGAAUUGCAGAUAAAGGUCAUUGAAUGUUCCUAGUUCUACGGUGUUUUCAUUUCUUUGUAUAUAUUUGUAAGUAUUUUCAUAUGUAAAUAUCAGUCAUUCGAUCAUUUAUUAUUUAUUGUUUGGCACGUGGAUUAAUCGAAAACACCUUGUAGUUCGAUGAACGACAUCAAUGAAUAAAAGUAAAGGGAAACAUCUUUCAUGGUUUUUCAGAAAAUUUAUAACUUGAUUUUCGAUAUUUGAUUAAAUAAAAAUAACUUUGCGAUUGAAAUUAUGCAUAUUACAAAAAGGAGAAUUUAGUUUCGUUAGAUUAAAGUCCCAUUUUAAAGCAAAACAAGGGCUAUUUUAGGAUGGUACCAGUAAUUUUGAACCGCGGUCAGAUGAUGAGGAUAACACCUAAGCUAGUACUCCGCCCUCCAAACUUUUACACCAUACCAUACCAUACCAACAGCAGGACGUUUGGCCCCCGUGGAAUUAGCUUAUACCAAACCGGCUUACACAACGAUUCUUCGGUGGAAGCGGGUAUCGAGCAUGAAAUCCUCCGGUUCCGAAGCCGAGACCUUACCACCAGGCCACCGUAGCCCAAGAGAAUAGCUUAAUAAAUAUGAAGGCUUAAACUUUCUAACUGUAUGUCUUGUUGGAUGGUUGAAUCUUUGUUACCAUUUAGCUGAUGAAACAUUCUAUAUUUUGAACUUAAACAUCCAUAAAUUGUAUUUUAAAUAAGUAAAAAUUCAUAGAUGGUUAAAAUACGUUUGUAUAAGUUUUUCGAAUUGUAAUUGAAAAGGUGUACGAAUGUAUGAAUAACCAUUUUUAAAUUCUGUACAAAUGCGUGUAAAAUUAUUAUUUGUAUGUAGAUUCUUUGAAUUUAAAGUGUUUUUUUUUUAAGAAUUUUUAUUAAGAUAUCUUUUUGUUUUCUUAGAAUUUAUACAAAUGUAUUCAGAGUAACUAUUUUUUAUUGCACUUUUUCCGGAGGUUAUUUUCAUCUUUUAUUGAUUAAACAAUGUAUAUCUGAUUGUGUUUGAAGUUUUGCUCAUGAAUUGCUCUACCAAGUGCUGAAAUAACAUAUCACUAUUUU